AUGACCCAGCCACCGACAACAUAUCGCCGCUCUGCCUCAACAAAAGCCUCUACCCCGACAGAACCAAGCAAAACAACCCUCGCCGGCGCACCAGAUAUAACCAAUCACUACACGAUCUUCCCUCAAACACUACCAGCAGGCCCACCACCGAACUCCCCAUUCGCAAUCUCAACCGGCGAUCUCCGCCGAGAAUUUCUCCAACUUCAAGGUCUCGUCCAUCCAGAUAAAUACCCCAACGGAGCAGAGAAGCAGCAAGCCGAGGGUCUCUCGGCACGGAUCAACGAAGCAUACCGGACACUUCUGGACCCGCUGCAGCGUGCUCAGUACAUUCUACGGGAAUGGCACGGGAUCGACGUGACAGCUGAAGACGCGUCUACCAAGCAUGCACUUGAUGCGGAGACACUAAUGGAGGUUAUGGAGGUGCAGGAGACUAUCGAGGAGGUUGGGGAGUCUGCUGAUGCAGAGGCGCAGAUCAAUGCGCUUAAGAAGGAGAAUGAGGAGAGGAUUGUUAGUUGUGUGGAGAGUCUUGGAGAGGCGCUUGAUAAAGGGGAUUUGGAGGCUGCGAGGAUGGAGUGUAUUCGUUUGCGGUUUUGGUAUAGUGUUGGGGAAGGAUUGAGGGAGUGGGAGCCCGGUAAUACGGAGAUUCGAUUGAUGCAUACCAGUUGA